CCGGUGUUUUGUUUGUGUGUAAAAAUGGUUAUGCUUUACGGCUAUGUUUAGAUAAUUUUUCGCGGUAAUCAAAUAAAUUUCUCGUGGAGUUAGGACGGAGGAAGAUGAACGCUACGAGUCUUUACGUAUCGACAUGUCGGUUGGUUUUACAAGCGGAUUCUGAAGAUCCAAAUUCAUGGACAGACUUGUAUAGGCUAGUUCCGUACUUGCGGCAGAGCUUGAGUUGUACAGUGUGUUCGAAUUUGUUGAUCGAGCCGCAUACACCGACUGAAACGAACUGUCAACAUCAUGUGUGUCGUGGAUGUAGAGGUGGUCGUAAAAAACUCAAACCAUCGUGUAGUUGGUGCAAGGAUUAUGAUAAAUAUGUUGAAAACGUCCAACUUCGGAUAUUGUUACAGUGUUACAAAAAACUGUGUGAAUAUUUGACAAGCACAAAUAUUUAUCGGAGCUUAAUACUCUCCGUGUCUUCCAAUACAACAAGCAAUGGGCCAUCGGCUAUUGGUGCUACUAGUCUCAUGGAACUCAUACAAGAAGGGACCGGUUUUAAAGACGAAUUCAAAAGUACCGCUGGUUUAUCUAAAUCAGCGUACAGUAUUCUCCCUUGUGUUUAUACCAGUACUACCUCUACUCAAACUCAAGGAAAUACUAUGUCAACUUCUGAGAAUAUUUCGCAAAACAUACCUGAGUCGCCAACUAUUCGUACAGUUUCAAAUGGAUCUUCGAUAUAUUCGGUGAUGUACGCUGGGUCUGGUAACAAAAUAACGAUAAAACGGAAAGCAGCGGCCACAGAAGAAAUAGAAGUAGGACAACAGGAAAUGGAUGGAACACAACAAGGCUCUGUAGGAGGGGUAAAAUGCAUUCCAUCUUCCCAACUUAAAUAUGGGACCCCUUCUCAGAAAAAAUCUUCAAAGGGCAGCAAAUCCUCGGGCAGUUUUAAAAAGCCACGAUCAAGUUCUACUAGGAGCAAAAGAAAAGGAUGCAGAUGUGGUAAUGCUACAGCUAUACCUGGAAAAUUAACAUGUUGUGGCCAAAGAUGCCCUUGUUAUGUUGAAAGUAAACCAUGUAUUGAAUGUAGAUGUAGAGGUUGUAGAAAUCCUCAUACAGCUGAUGGUUUAAAGGUGCGUAUAUAUAUGUAUACAUCUAUGUAUAUAUAUUGCAGAUCCGCCCACAUAUACCAGAACUUCAUAACCUGCAAUUACAACUGUCUACUCCCUUGGAUUGUGAUGAACUAAACUCAGAUCCCUUAGGAUCCGUGUCACAAUGUCUUUCAACAUCUCCUACAACAAUUCAAGUAUUAAAUGUCUAUUCCACUCCAAGACUUGAUAUUGAUAACGUUCCACAAAAUUUGCCUGCAGCUUUAUUAGUAGGAGAAGAUGCUAUAGUUAGUACUGAAAGUGAAGCAGAAGACAGUGAUAUACAAAUUGAUGUGUGACAAAGUGUUUAAAUAAAAUUAUGCAUUAUACAUGA